UAACCCUGGGUCACCUCGAUCUCUUCCGCCCCGCUGUUGCAAGAUAGCACCACGUCGCCGGAAAACACAGUGACCGUCAGAUCGGACAAGCAAGCGACGUCGUCCGUUCGAUUGCGAAUCGAUGGGGGUCACCUCGUACUUGCGACUUGCAAACGCGCUCAGAUUUUCCCUACGCGGCUACGCCCGCGAGCUCUUCCACUCUCAGCUCCCGUCCCGAAGCCGCACCCCCGCCAGCGGCGGCGCUCCCGCUCCCGCUCCUCCCUGCUCGGCGAUUCGGCGCGGCGCCGCCACGCCUCCACCUCACGCGGCCCCGCCCUCUCGGCGCUGCUCUCUGGCCCCUGGCGGCACGCCCUUCCCUCCUCCGUUCCUCAGCCGCAAGGCGCCAAGCGGGCGGCCCUGCGUGCGCGGGCGCGGGCGCGGACCCUCCGAGGCAGCCAGACGCGGCGGCCACCGCGGAUCAAGAGCGCGAGUGCCGUUCACCAGCGAGGUGGCGCGGAGAGCCGAGAGCACCAGCACAGAUAUAACAAGGCAGCAGCCGCCGCCGCCGCCGCCCGCCGUAACCAGGUGCCACCGGCGUGGGCGUGACCCACCACGAGGCGGUGCUGGCAACACCCGACCGUAGCGCGGCAUCUCCGUCCUCGUCGUCAAUCCCUGCGGGUGUGCAACAGUAGCGAUGACUAGGUGGGAUGAAAUUUUGACUCUUCCAGUUCAGAACCCACCAUCAUUGGAGUUCUCAGCAGCGGAUAUCUCGUGGUCAAUGGUGGAGGGCUGGAGGGAUUCUAUGGAUAGGCUUGCGCUGAUUCCAUAUUCUAGGGUGAAUGACUUUGUCAGAGGAGAGUCGAACAACAAAGAUUGUCCAUCAAGAUUUCAUGUUGAAGCACGGAGAAGGCGUCCUCCGACAAUGAACUGCAAGCCCAAAGUUGAUGGGAUACUUGAGUAUAUUCUGUAUUGGUGUUCUUUUGGUCCAGAUGAUUAUAGGAAGGGUGGUAAUGUACGGCCUAGCAGGCCCAUCGCGGAAAAGAGAAAAACACCUGCUGGCCGCCCUAAUACAAAGAGGGGAUGUGUGUGCCAUUUUAUUGUGAAGCGCUUGAUUGUUGAACCAUCUGUGGCUCUUGUGAUAUAUAACCACAAUAAGCAUGUAGAUAAGAAAGGCAUGCCAUGCCAUGGUUCUAUGGACAAGAUGGCUGUAGGGACAAAGGCAAUGUUUGCACCAUACAUAUCUGAUGAGUUGCGUCUUCAAGUUAUGUCUUUGCUCUAUGUUGGCAUUCCAGUGGAGACCAUAAUGCAGAGGCAUACUGAAAUGGUUGAAAAGCAAGGAGGUCCAUCAAACAGGGACGAUCUUCUUACUCAUAGAUAUGUUAGGAGACUGGAAAGGAAAAUACGUCGUUCUGUUUAUGAGCUUGAUGAUGAUGACGCUAUUAGUAUUGGCUUAUGGGUUGAAAAUAACCAGGAUUGUGUGUUCUUCUAUGAAGAUUUUUCGGAUACAGACACCUUUGUCUUGGGCAUCCAGACAGAUUGGCAGCUACAGCAAAUGAUUCAGUUUGGCAGCCAUAGUUUAAUGGCUUCUGAUUCAAAGUUUGGAACAAACAAGCUAAAGUAUCCUGUACAUAGCAUCCUUGUUUUCGAUCAGCACAAAAAUGCAAUUCCUGUUGCGUGGAUUAUAACCCCCAAUUUUGCACAUGGUGAAAUAUAUAAAUGGGUGGGUGCUCUUUAUGAUCGAGCGCAUACAAAAGAUCCUACUUGGCAAUUGGGUGGCUUCAUUAUUGAUGGUCCCUUGACUGACGUUCGCACAAUAAGAGAAGUAUUCCAUUGCCCUGUGCUGAUCAGUUUAUGGCGUAUCCGGCAUGCUUGGCAUAAAAAUUUGGUUAACAAAUGUUCAGACAUUGAGAAGCGAUCGACAAUGGCCAAACGUCUUGGAGAUGCAAUUUCUAUUAUAUGCAGAGGAACUGGUGAUGUUGAAUUAUUUGAAGCCUUUCUGCAAGAUUUUGUUGAGUGUGCUGGGUUUCUUGACUACUUCAAAGCUGUAUGGCUUCCAAGACUUGGGGCAUGGAUAACUGUCUUAAAGGCCACGGCAUUGGCUAGUGCACAGGUAGCUUCAGCAAUAGAGAGUUACCAUCACCUGCUAAAACUUCGGCUGCUGAAUGAGGCAGAUGAAAGUGUCUACUGGCGUGCUGAUUGGUUGGUCGAUAAGUUGGGUACAAAGGUCCAUUCUUACUACUGGCUGGAUGAAUUCUCAGGAAAGAACAGUUUUUCGCGUUACUGGAGGAGUGAGUGGAGUAGUGGCCCAAACCCAUGGUGCCAGGGAAUGCAGAUUCCAGAUUCCGAUGUCGUCAUUGAAGGCAAUUAUGCCAGUGUGGUCAGCCAGAAGAACAAGGAGAAGUCCCAUGUCGUACUGAAUCCAGGUUCUGAGUUUGCGUUGUGCGAUUGUAGCUGGUCAAUGAAGGGGAACCUUUGCAAACAUGUAAUAAAGUCGGCAAAGGUCUGCCGUGACAGGGGAUUGGCACUGCCAUCGUUGGCCAUGUUCCACUAUUACCAGGCAUUGGCAAAUCUUGUUCAUUGUCCACCCAGUGAUACUUUGAUUAGUGACCAUGCAAUGGCUCUGGCAGUUUCUGUUAAAACACAGCUAGAUGCAGUGUUGUGCGCUGUUAAUGGAAGUUCUUCAAUUAGGCCAGGUUUCCAGGAUCCACAGUCAACGAGUAAGACAAGAGAAGCUGAAAUUGAGGAAGCCAACUCUGAGAAUGGUGUGUGCACAAGUCAACCCCAGCCUGGUGCUGGUGAUGAUGAGGAUCAGGCCAUUCGGACUGGCAAGAGAAGAAAGUUAGGGGACGCUUCUGGUGACACUGAAGAUGGUUCCAUAUAUCAGGACAGUCUGGCUCGCAAGAAAUGCAAGUCAGGGGAAGCUUCCGGUGACGAUGAAGAGGCCUCCACAGAAGAGGGCAGUCGGGCUUGUGAAAGUAGGAAGCCAGGAGAAGCUUCUACUAACAAUGAAGAGGUUUCCAUAGGCCAGGGCAGUAGAGAUCAUGAGAAAAGAAAGUCGGGAGAACCUCCUGGCAAUGAAGGAACUUCAGCAACGCAAGCUACGGAACCUUCUGAGACUGAAACCAGCCAAGCAACCAAUGGACUGGUUAGGUCCCUCCUCCCCUCUUCGGAAUGCACCUAGAACGCCUUGCGGGUCUUGUAAAUUCCUAGUUGGAUUAGUCAACUGAUGAAUUAAACAGCAGCUGAGCUUAAAAAAAACUAGUAGCUGCGUCUGUUAAGUGUGAACGGAAGCAUAAAUCAGUUCAUUUAUCAUUAUGAAUGGGGGGGGGGGGGGGGGGGUCGUGUGCAUUAUGCAGGACAACAAUUGCAAGUCCCAGUUUAACUGUUUGGCACGAUGUUCAAAAUCUAAUGAUCCCAUGUUCUUUUUUUUGGUAAAUGAAGCAAUACCAUAUCAUAUGGUUACCUAAACCUACCGAAUUAAGGUACUGUUUUGCUGUAUAUAGCAUUCACACUUCUCUAGAAUAGCUUGUUAUGCAUAAGUGAUUACUACUUAUUAUUACUUCCUCCCGUCCCUGUGUUCUGGAUUGAACUAGAGAUACAAAGUUAAUCUCAGUUCCUAUGCUUUUUUUAUCCUAAUUUUGUAUCUCUGAUGUUCGGAUGAAUUUGUUUGUGAUGUUCAAAUACAGUAACUUAAAUGGCUUGGCACGGCUUUGAUCAGCACAUCUGUAGAAAAAAACUGUAAUAAAGUAAUAACAGUGUGGAAAUGUGAAUUUAUUUCAAUUGAGGUUGAAAGUGUGAUUUUGAUUUAA